GGUCUGGCAAACAAAUCACCUGACCUACCAGCCGGGGCAGACACGAUGCGAUGAGCUUCUGUAUCCCAUUGCGGCUGCUCAUUCCGGAUGAGUCUGUGCAAACUGUGAUUGGAACAGAUGGCCAAGAUCUUCAGCUGCAAAGUGGGGCCUCCGUGACCGUGUCCACUCCUGAUGAAGCUCCAGUGACGCUGCGUGACAGGAUCGUACGGUUGGAAGGCUCUGCAAGUCAGAAGGAGGAAUCGCUGAAGCACAUUGUAGCGGAGCUGUUUCAGUAUCAGGGCAUUCCCGAGGAGGAGGAGGGCGUUUGUGUGCUUGUGAUGCCCUCGUGCGCCGUUGGCGCUGUUAUUGGCACCAAAGGUGCGAAGAUCAGUGAGAUAAUGGCUGAAUCUGGGACCGAGAUCGAUGUGGGCAGAGACUGCAUAACUGGCAUGCCUGAUAACCCAGUUGUGCUGAGGGGCCGACCUGAACAGAUAGUCCGAGCGGCAGUGCUGUCCAAUGCGGUGCUUCAAGAGUUGGCAGACAAGGGACGGGUGCAGCCAGACGAUUUUUGUUACAUUCCUGGUCGAACACCCGCGCCACGUGCCACAAGUCGCGGGGCAUUCACAUCAAGUCCUGCCGCGCGAUUUCUUGUGAGCAAGACCUUCGCAGGAUUUCUUAUUGGCAAAGGCGGCGAAAAGAUUACACGGCUACGUGACAGGACUGGAGCCACCCUACAAUUUCGAGGCUCCAUUGAGGAGGUCACGCUAUCACUUGAUCCAGACCAGCGCAUCCUUGACAUUCGUGGCACUGCAGAAGAACGCGACCAGGCAGUGAGGGCAUGUUUCGUAGAAAUGGACCAGGCCUCACUGCCGAACACUGUCCUUUUGUUGCCCCUGGCUGUGCCUGAAGUACCUCUGCAAGAGGCUGUUUCGGCAGCUGGGGCAUGUGUGGCGCAGAUGCAGGAUGAUAGCGUUGCAAGCCCGGAGAGCACUGAGCGGGUCAUGCGGCUGGAGGGUGACUUGGAAGCCCGUCUUGCUGCGGUGCUCGCCUUAUUGGCCAAGGCGGAUGCAUAUGGCCCAAUCCCCGCUUCAAAGCCAAGCCCCAGUCCCAGUCCCAGUCCCAGUCCCAGUCCCAGUCCCAGUCCCAGUCCCGGCCCAACCCCGCCAAAGACUGCCAAUGCAGCCGGGACUCGGCCAGAGGUGGUUCAGACGAGCUCGUUGCCAGAUCGAUCGGGUGAGAAGCGGCUGGAGCCCGAGUCGGGCAAUGUCUACACCUUCGAAGAAUUUCGUAAGGCCUUCUCUGGCGAGUAUUCUGAGAAAGACAUCGAGGACUACUGGCGAGACGCAUGCAAAGCCAUCCCAGAGAAGCCAGCUUCCGAAACUGAAGGUCCGCAGAUGAACAACCUCAAGCCAGUGCAGACCGAAACUGCACCACCAGCCGACACAGGUAUCCUGAGCAAGCCUUCCGCUGACAUGCGAGGAAACUUGAGCAAGCAAACAGAUCCAGUGAAGAGCAAUCCUGCGGUGGGCGCUCCUCCAGUCAUGCCGCCACGCGCGGGUGAGAGCAUCUGGCUCGGCGGGUUGCUGGCCGACUCUCCGCCUUCGAAGCUUCAACUGCUGCUCCCAUGCAAAGUUGUGCGGGGGCCACUGGUUGCCUAUGGCCAUCUUGCAGAGAUCGCCACUGGAUGCAACGUGCAGAUUGACGUUUGCGGUGAAGUAAGCCCAGGUCGACUAGAACUGGUACUGUCCGGCACAUCCGCCGCCAUUGCAAUGGCGACGUUGAUGCUUCAGAUACGUAUCUGCCUUGCUCAAGGUCCUGGUGGUGAGGUUUAGGCUAUCAGCGUAUCGUCUUGGGGAA